CGUUAGGCACACAUCAACAGCAGUACUAAUUUGGGAAUGGGAAGAUCAUACCAAAUAAUCAUGUUGGAGAACAAGGUUUUUUCCUGUUUUGUAUUCUAUAGUGUUCUCCUGGUAAUCAAGAUGUACAUCAUAGCAAUCAUCACUGGACAAGUAAGGCUGCGCAAAAAGGUGAGAGACUCUGUGCGUCCUAGCUGACAGUUUAUUAGGCUAAUUCAGUAUUUGAUGUAUGGUUUGAACAUCUUAGUUCCUAGUCAAGUACUGCACUGUAUAAACAUUGAUCAGGGUAUUCAUUCUCUCUCUCUCUCUCUCUCUCUUUUUCUCUCUCUCAUGUGAAGGCUUUCGCGAACCCAGAGGAUGCGCAGAGACAUGGUGGCGUCCAGCACUUCAGAGAGGAUCCGGAUGUAGAGCGGUGCCGAAGGUGAGAGGAAUGAUUACUGUUAUCUGAUUCUAAUGUAGCCUUGCCUAUUGACAUUGAUGGUAGCAAUAUGAUUACAUUUUAACAGUGGUCUAAAAUUGAACAGUAAUAGUUUGUAUUUUUCUCAAACGUGAAUGGAGAAUUUUAUCUGGAUCUGGUUGAAAUCUUUAGAGAUCAUUUGUGGCACUUUUGUUUAAAUUUCAUGGGCGUUUGUUCUCCAGCCUCGGUGUCUGUGUUGUUUUAACUUGUCUGGAAAUGAUCCAUGACAGCAGAAAAAACAUUUUUUUUUAACACUGAAUACUUUUCUCCUUCACAUGGGGCCCUCUCUGACCAGAGUCAGGAAAUAUGUUGAGCUGAGCAGGCAUUCAUACAUUGAUGCACAAUAAAAUGGAAUGCUUCAUGACUGGUAUCAUUUAGGUCCAAUUAAGAUUCACUGCAUUAACUAAUGAUAACCAGUAGUCAUAUGGCAUAGGGUAGAAUGCGUGGGGAGUGAAGUUGAAUUCUUAUCAGGGCAGGCCUCCUACGAUAAUAUUAGUACAGGAGUGGCUUUGUAGCCAGAGGAAGCCAUUUAAUGGUGGUUUCAGUCUGUACACUUAACAGAUUCCGGAGGGGUAUAUGCUUGUCCAGCUCUGCCAAAAUAAUCAAACAGUUAAAGGUCAAGUGUGGAUUCUGAUUAGUCAACACCAUGGGAGGUCCUGUGUCCUUUUCCAUAUAUUGAUGUUGAUUGGUUGGAGUGGUACUUCAAUUAAACAAAGUAAGAUGAACAACACACUGCAAUUCUCUGAGAUUACAUACAACCUUCCUCUUCCUUCCCUUCCUUUUUCUGAGCAAAUCUGAUUUCAUUGGAAUGCCUGAAUGGCUUCUGAAGAAAAUGCGUAGUAUUGAGUCUGUUUUGGCUCUUGAGGGUGAUUUGAAAUCCAUGGUCUGUGUUUUACAACUGACUCAGCUAGCUGACGGUAAAGCCCAUGCUUAAAUAGAGACAUUCUAUAGGUCCAUUCAGAGACAGAGACUGGAAUACCUGAGAAGAAUGUUCCUCUUGGGUAAAAGUGUGUGUCAGUCAGAGGAGAGGAAGUGAUUCACUUUUAGUAAGAAACCUGGAUAAGCAGCUAUACUCCCAGACUCUUGUAAUGGAGGGUUUCUACGCUCAACCUGUAGUCUAAAUCCCUCCCUAAUGUUGGCUAAUGGAAAAAAUUUGUUUGUGAUGUUGAGUAAUCAUAGCGGAAGUGUUUUCACUGUUUGGGUCAGUGCCAGACGGCUGAGUCAGACGACCGUAUACCGUAAGUUCCAGGAAUGAACUUCUGAUUCAAAACAGAUGUGUUAGCAUGGAGAGCGGUUGUGUGUAUCCAAGUAAUUCUAGGCUACUUGUUGAGUGCAAACCGCUUAGUUAUUCGCUUAAAAACCCAUACCUCCGUGAUAAUGAAUAUGAAUAUACCCAAUCAAUGAAUAUCUAAAAAUAUACAUCUAAAACAUAUAAUCUAAUAUUCUCUUUCGUGUGUUUCAGGGCUCACCGUAACGACAUGGAGAAUAUAUUCCCCUUCCUGUUCCUGGGGGCCGUCUACUCCCUGAUUGGCCCGUCGCUGGUUGUGGCCCACGCUCACUUCCUGGUCUUCUUCCUGUUCCGCGUGCUCCAUACAGUGGCCUACCUGUGUGUCCUGCGGGCACCCACGCGCUCCCUGGCCUACGUCAUCACCCAGGUUCCCUGCAUCUCCAUGGCCGUUCAGAUCCUCGCAUGCGUGUUCUGGCUCUAUCGGUGACCGCGUCAAUCUGUGACCUAUCUCAGUGGAUGAUUAGGGCCUGAUAAGAGCGGUAGAGGAUACUGCUCGUAAGAGGGAUGGAUGCUUUUCAUAUGAGGGAAAUCCUAAAGACUGUGUCGUCAUCAGACUGCAAUGCUACAACAGCAGUUUGUGCCUCUCAGCGAUACUCUAUAAAGUGUACACUCAGAAAUGAAGUCAGUGUUGUGCUCUAGCUAGUACAUCUUCAUGUAGUACUGUAUUCUUUCACAUCGUAGUCACUUAGCAGAUGCUAUUAUCCAGAGCAACUUGCAGGAGCCUUGCUCAAGGGCACAUAGUCAGAUUUUUCACCUAGUUGGCUUG